AAUCGGACAUCAAAUAUACUGGAAACGUUGAACAGUCAGUAUCAGAAUAAGUCUACUCCAAACCAACAGCGAAUAUGGCCUACGAAACUCUGAUCAUCAACACGUACAGUCGUGUGAGCGUGAAAAAGACCUACACCCCAUCAAAGGCUGCGAAGAAGUUAAUUAAAAUGGCCUAUAAACUGCUCAAGCCGUCUUUCAUCUCCUCCAAGAGGCAUUGGCCAACCCAAGCACGGUUGCCUCAAGUGAUCGUACUUAGCGAAGAAGAAUUACAGAACUUCCAAAAUGACGAGUUGGAAGCAGCGGCGCCAGUGUAAUUUCAUCAACUAUGAUGGACGGAAAGGAUCGUCCUAAACACCUAGAAAGAGCUUUAAGACUACACCGGAAUCGGUCUCUAAAUUUCCGAGCAGCUUGAACGUCUCAACAAGUGAAAAAUUAUUCAAAUGCACCCAACUAAGCUUAAAUCAUUGUCUUCCAUCUAUGUACAUAUAUUUAAGUGCCUGAAUAAAUACAUAAUAUUAUAAUA